AUGUUCCUCGCUCUUUUGAUACUUGCCGUCAAUUCUUUCUUUCUUUCUUUCUUUCUUUCUUUCUUUCUUUCCCCUCCUUUACAUAAUAUAAACUUUUUUUUUGGGGGGGUAGUUUCUUUCUUUCGUAAUAUUCCACCUCGUGUUCUUUCUUUCUUUGAAACUGGCAUCAAUAUUUUCUUACCCGUCUUUUAUACAAUCUAUUCAAUAUUUCUUUCUUUUUAUCCACACUCAUUCUUUCUUUCUCUCUAUUCCUACUCAUUCUUUCUUUCUUUCUUUCCUUCUUUCUUUCUUUCUUUCUUUCUUUCGUUCUAUUGCUACCUAUUCUUUCUUUCUUUCUUUAUAUUGCUAUUCAUUCUUUCUCUCUCUCUUUCUUUCUGUUCCUACUCAUUCUUUUUUUCUUUCUUUUUUCUUUCUCUUUCUACACAUUCUUUCUUUCUUUCUUCCUUUCCUUCUUUCUCUCUUUCUUUCUUUCUUUCUUUCUUUCUUUCUUUCUGUUCCUAUCCCUUCUUUCUUUCUUUCUUUCUUUCUUUCUUUCCUUCUUUCAUUCUUGCUUGCUUGCUUGCUUUCUUUUCAUUUCUCUUGAAGUUUUCUUUAACUCUUUUUCUUUCUUUCUUUCUUUCUUUCUUUCUUUCUUUCUUUCUUUCUUUCGUUCUGUUCCUUCCUCUCUUCUUUCUAUUCCUUCCCUCUUGCAUAUCUUUCUUUCUUUCUUUCUUUCUUUCUUUCUUUUCUUCUUUCCUUCUCUCUUUCUUUCUUUCAUUCUUUCUUUCUUUCUCUCUUUCUUUAUUUCUAUUCCUAUUCAUUCAUUAUUUCUUUAUUUUCUUCUUUCUUUCUGUUCCUACCCUAUCUUACCUUCCUUCCUUUCUUUUCUUUCUUUCUUUCUAUUCCUAUUCAUUCAUUAGUUAUUUAUUUCCUUCUUUCUUUCAGUUUCUACCCUUUUUCUUUUUUCUUUUUUUUCUUUCUUUUUUUUCUUUUGUUUUCUUCUUUCUUUCUUUCGUUUCCUUCUUUCUUUCUUUCAUUCUACUUUCUGUCUUUCUUUUUUUCUAUUCCUACUCAUUCAUUCUUUCCUUCGAUUCCUACUCAUUCUUUUUUCUUUCUUUCUUUCUUUCUUUCUUUAUUUCUAUUUCUUCUCAUUCUUUCUCACUUUUUCUUUCUUUCUUUCUUUCUAUUCCUUCUCUUUCUUUCUUUCUUUCUUUCUUUCCAUUCCUUCUCAUUUUUUCAUUAUAUUCCUACUCAUUCUUUCUUUCAUUCCUUCUUUCUUUCUCCUUUCUUUCUUCCUUUUUUCUUUCUUUCUUUCUUUCUUUCUUUCUUUCUUUCUUUCUUUCUUUCUUUCUAUUUCUUUACCUCUUUUUCUUUUUUCUUUCUUUCUUUCUUUCUUUCUUUCUUUCGUUCUGUUCCUUCCUCUCUUCUUUCUAUUCCUUCCCUCUUGCAUAUCUUUCUUUCUUUCUUUCUUUCUUUCUUUCUUUCUUUCUAUUCCUAUUCAUUCAUUCUUCCUUUCUUUUCUUCUUUCUUUCUUUCUUUCUUACCUUGCUUCCUUCCUUCUUUCUUUCUUUCUUUCUUUCUAUUCCUAUUCAUUCAUUAGUUCUUUCUUUCCUUCUUUCUUUCAGUUCCUACCCUUUCUUUCUUUCUUUCUUUCUUUCUUUCUUUCUUUCUUUGUUUUCUUCUUUCUUUCUUUCGUUCGUUCUUUCUUUCUUUCAUUCUUCUUUCUGUCUUUCUUUCUUUCUAUUCCUACUCAUUCUUUCUAUCUUUCUUUCUUUCUUUCUAUUCCUACUCAUUCGUUCUUUCUUUCUUUCUUUCUAUUCCUACUCAUUCCUUCUUUCCUUCGAUUCCUACUCAUUCUUCUUUCUUUCUUUCUUUCUUUCUUUCUUUCUAUUUCUUCUCAUUCUUUCUCACUUUUUCUUUCUUUCUUUCUAUUCCUUCUCAUUCUUUCUUUCUUUCUAUUCCUACUCAUUCUUUCUUUCUUUCUUACUUUUUCUUUCUUUCUUUCUAUUCCUUCUCUUUCUUUCUUUCUAUUCCUUCUCUUUCUUUCUUUCUAUUCCUACUCAUUCUUUCUUUCUUUCUUUCUUUCUUUCUUUCUUUCUAUUCCUUCUCAUUCUUUCUUCUUUCUUUCUAUUCCUACUCAUUCUUUCUUUCUUUCUUUCUCUCUUUCUUCCUUUCUUUCCAUUCCUUCUCAUUCUUUCAUUCUAUUCCUACUCAUUCUUUCUUCUUGCUUUCUAUUCAUACUCAUUCUUUCUUUCUUUCUUACUUUUUCUUUCUUUCUAUUCUUUCUCUUCCUUUCUUUUUUUCUUUCUUUCUUUCUUUCUUUCUUUCUAUUCCUUCUCAUUCUUUCUUUUUAUUCCUACUCAUUCUUUCUUUCUUUCUUUCUUUCUUUCCAUUCCUUCUCAUUUUUUCAUUCUAUUCCUACUCAUUCUUUUUUUCAUUCCUUCUUUCUUUCUCCUUUCUUUCUUCCUUUUUUCUUUCUUUCUUUCUUUCUCAUUCUUUUUUCUUUCUUUCUUUCUUUCUUCCUUUUUCUUUCUUUCUUUCUUUCUCAUUCUUUUUUCUUUCUUUCUUCCUAUUUCUUUCUUUCUUUCUCAUUCUUUUUUCUUUCUUUCUUUCUUACUUUUUUUUCUUUCUUUCUUUCUUUCUUUCUUUCUAUUCCUUCUCAUUCUUUCUUUCUUUCCAUUCCUUCUCAUUCUUUCUUUCUAUUCCUACUCAUUCAUUCUUUCUCUCUUUUUUCUUUCAAUUCUUACUCAUUCUUUCUUUUUUUAA